GGCGGCGGUGGUGGCGGCGGCGGCGGCAGCGGUGGAGGAGGAGGCGGAGGCUGCUGCUCCUGCUCCCGCCGCCGCCAGAGCGGCAGCCAUUCCCGCGCUUCAGGCUUGCGGGUCAGAGCGGAGCCUGAGAGGCGGCGGAAGCAGCACACCCACUGAUGGAAAGGGAAAAGCUUGGCCGCAGGCGAGAGGGACUUCGGCCGUAACUUCUGCCCAAGAGCCUCUCCGGCUAAGACAAGAGCCGGACGGUCAGGCGGAACAGUGGCGGCGGCUGCGAGGACGUCCUCCUGGAGACAAGGCAUUGGGUCCACAAUGGCCACAGCUUUGCCCAGAACCCUUGGUGAAUUGCAGCUUUAUCGCAUCCUGCAGAAAGCCAAUCUCUUGUUCUACUUUGAUGCCUUCAUACAGCAGGGAGGGGAUGACGUUCAGCAGUUGUGUGAGGCAGGUGAAGAAGAGUUCCUUGAGAUCAUGGCCUUGGUUGGCAUGGCUAGCAAACCUCUUCAUGUCCGAAGGCUGCAGAAAGCGUUGAGAGACUGGGUCACAAAUCCAGGCCUUUUUAACCAGCCUCUCACUUCCUUACCGGUCAGUAGCAUUCCAAUAUAUAAACUACCGGAAGGAUCGCCAACUUGGCUGGGAAUAUCCUGCAAUAGUUAUGAACAGAAUAAUAGUACCCGGGAGCCUCAUGUGAAGAUUCCAAAAUGUGCCGCCACAACCUGUGUUCAGAGUGUGAGUCCUGGCAAAUCUGAUGGAGUGGGGAAUUUAGUGCCGCAAAAUAAUAGUGAGCAGAGACUCUGGCAAGGACAUCAUGGAACUGAGAGCGAGCACAGCCUUUCCCCUGCUGACAUUGGUUCUCCACCCUCACCAAAGGAUAACACAGAAGCUUUGGAUGCAGCUGCAGCUCUGUCAGUCACCGAGUGUGUGGAACGCAUGGUUUCCACUCUCCCCAGAAGUGACUUGAAUGAAGUGAAAGAAAUGUUGAAAAUCAAUAAAAAACUGGCUAAGAUGGUUGGUCAUAUCUUUGAAAUGAAUGAUGAAGACCCUCACAAAGAAGAAGAAAUUAGAAAGUACAGUGCAAUAUAUGGCAGGUUUGACUCGAAGAGAAAAGAUGGCAAACAUCUCACCCUUCAUGAGCUCACAGUAAAUGAAGCAGCUGCUCAGUUAUGUGUCAAGGAUAAUGCACUAUUAACCCGGAGGGAUGAACUCUUUGCUCUGGCACGGCAGAUCUCUCGAGAAGUUACAUACAAGUACACUUACCGGACCACCAAGUCUAAAUGUGGAGAAAGGGAUGAACUAUCACCAAAGAGAAUUAAAAUAGAGGUUGGCUUUCCUGAUUUCCAAGAUGCCAUCCAGAGUUUUUAUCAAGAAGAUCCAGUGAAACUACAGCAAGCAUUGUCAAAAGGGAAGUGUGAAGACCUAGCAGCACUUGGUUCCCAGCCUGAAAAGAUGGUGGCCAAACAAAUGGAGUUCCUUUGCAACCAAGCUGGCUUGGAAAGACGACUGUCUACAGGUCUUUACAGACAAAGUUCAGAAGAAAGCAGUCCCAAUGGACUGACGCCAGAUCCUCUGGAUGGACAAGGUGAAAGGCCUUUAAAUCUCCGUAUGUCAGGUCUAUCAAACAGACACCUGCCACACAUUUCACUAGAUGGAGAAGCUCCUGGAAUGAAACCCCUUUGCAGUGAUCUGAGCCGACAAUAUGCUGGUGGUGAGGCAAAAUCACAAUUGCCAGAAGGUCUUGGUAUUUUGAAAGAUUUUCCUCACUCGGCUUUCAACAGCUUUGAUCGGAAGGUCAUAAAAACCGAGCCAGAAGAUACAAGAUAGACCUACUGCUGUUGGAAAAGAGUUCUUUCCAAAUAAAGCUUUGAAUGGAAAACAAAUCAAGCCUUAAUAACCAGCGUUGCCUCAUUGAAAAAAAGGGAUUUCAUAGCCAAAGCCUAAGUACUGGAACAGUCGUAAGUGAGGAGCUGAGAGAUGAGCGAAACUGCAGCACAAGCAGUGGGUGCAAACCUGAGAAAAGGGAUUUCUAAGAGGAAAAGGCUCACAAAGUAAUACUGUGGGGCCUUAUUAUUUAAGAAUGUAUUAUACGUUUGAGUAACGUAAUGUUUUUAAACAAGUGUCAAAAUAUGUAUUAUGUCGAGUAAAGGUGGCUGCCAUUAUUUUUACUUGAAAUGUCAGUAUCUACUUUCAAUAGUUACAAGUCCAAUUUUUUAAAAAAAAACUUAGCUUGGGUCAUGAGUAGAGAAAGGUGUGGAGAGGGAAUAUAGUGUAAGACACUUACACCGCAGGUUCGACGUGUUUAUUUUUUAAAGUUAAAAAAAAAAAGCAAUUCCAUAAAAUGUUAUAGGAAUAUAGCAUUUAAAAGAGCUGACUGUAUUAUAACAGGCAUUUUUAUGCUCGAUGUGUAACAUUCUCAGAGACUUCAGGAAUGUCUAUCUGUAAUGUAUUUAUUUACAGUAUAUGCUUGUCUGCUAUUUAGGAAGACGAUGAAACACAAUAUUGUUUCAUACUAUAAAUUAAGCAGGGAAGGAAGAAAUAAACAAAAAUUCAUCCCAUGGAAAUUACUUGAGUAGACAUUAAAAUUAAGACUGGCAGAGCACUUCAAAUGUCACCAGUUUUUGUACAUUCCUUUUUAAAAAAAAAUCGUUUUAAAAGUUGGAAUACUUCCAAUAAAUAUGUCAGAAAAACAACCCAAUAAAAUUACAUGCCGUGCAAUAAUCAGUAAAAGAGGAAUAGUGUAUAGAUCAGUGCUGGCAAACUUUUUCUGGACCAAGUGGCCAAAAUGCGCAUGCGCAUGCACCUGAACCCCCAAAAUGCAAUGCGUCCGUGUGCCCUCGUACACGCCAUGCCCCCCACACAUGUGCAGCAGAGACCCGAGGACCAGCUGGCUGGUGGGAGGCAUUUGUGCAUGUGCAGCGGAGCUGAAUGACUUGCGCGCCACAGAGAGGGCGCUGUAUGCCACCUCUGGUGCAUGUGCCAUAGAUUCACCAUCACGGGGCUAGAUAUUCCACUAGUAGAGGAAGAUAUAGGACGAACUUUACCAAUCCUGUUGAUUUCAUUCAUAUAUCAUAUCCUGCCUAUCACAAACGGAUACGUUUUGUUUUGUAUGAAUGAAGAAUUGGGGUAAUUAUUUAUUUAACGAGGGCUUCAUUUCUAUGAAUGAUGGUGCCCCAUUUGGUUUACAGUAAUGAAGAGACAUCUAUUUCUAUUCCAGGCUCCUGCACAUUAAAUAUGCUACCAGUAGGACUUCUGGAUUUGCAUAGAAGAUCUCUCUAUUCAGGGCACAUAAAUUCAGCAGUUAUAUUAAUGCAGUUAAAUAAGAUUUUGUUCCAUCUUUUUUUUUUUUAUUUACAUUUAUGUCCCGCCCUUCUCCGAAGACUCAGGGCGGCUUACAGUGUGUAAGGCAAUAGUCUCAUUCUAUUUGUAUAUUUACAAAGUCAACUUAUUGCCCCCCCAACAAUCUGGAUCCUCAUUUUACCUACCUUAUAAAGGAUGGAAGGCUGAGUCAACCUUGGACCUGGUGGGACUAGAACCUGCAGUAAUUGCAGGCAGCUGUGUUUUAAUAACAGGCUUCUUACAGCCUGAGCCACACCCAAUAACUCCUAGUGUUUUCUUUCCCAACCUAGUGUGUGAUAGCAGUCACAAUCCAGUAUUUCUGGGGGGCAAUGAGUUGGAAAGAUUACUUGGGUUUAUAAAAAGCUGACUUCACCUACAGUGGAUUUGUUGUGCAGAGGGGUGUUGGUGGUUAGUCAUGGAAGUGCCAGAUAUUCUUGUUAAUCUUCCAAAUGCAAUAGUGCUCCUCAUAUGCGAAGAUUGUGAUCCACAUAUUAGCAAUUACAGAAUCAUUCCACAUACCAUGUUGAAGCUGUUAAUAUUGUAUGAGGUGAACCUUGACAUUCUUCAAUUGGGCUCAAUGUAAAACAUGUUUUUAGUAAUUAUCUAAUUUGAUUUGUAGGGAAAGACUUCAUGGUAGAAACAUCAGCACACAUUCCUAUUUUGCAGCAAAAAAAUCUUUUUUAAAAAAAAGCAAAUGUGUUUUGAAUUGCGUUGUACCAUUUGAUAACAAAAUAUAUUCCAAUAAGAAUGUGCAUUUAAUGGAUCAAAACACUACAUUUGACUUCAGAUGGCCAGUUUCAUUAUUGCGUGAAUUAAUAACAUUAAUAUAUGUCCAUGUUUCCAAAUGUACUCCUCGAUAUUAGUGAUAUCACAAGGUAUAGCAGUAAUAACAGGAGAAUAAGCACAUGUAACUAUCAAUAGGACAUU